AGACAGCUUCGCGUUCUUCUGCUACGGUGAUGUGUCGUCGUUCACCGCAACCGUGCAACCGUGCCGUCGCGCCGUGCCGUGCCAGCUCGCCGAUUAAUACCGAGUACGGUCGCGCGUUAGCGGCGACGGCGGUGACGACGACCGGCGUCGACGACGACGACGACGGUGGAGCGUGCCGCGAUUAAUAAACGGGCAGUGUGUGGUGCUGUGGAGGAAGGGACGAUGACGACCGGAGGGAUAAUUUGGGUGGCGACUUGAGGGCAGAAAUGUUGAAAUUCGGCAGCAAGAGCGACGUGACGGUGGUGCAUCGCGCCACUAUUCGACUGUUCGACGACAACGAAAUUAUUUACUGUGACUUUCAGCCACAAGAAAAAGGACGAUACAUACUCGAAUAUGUGUGCAAACAACUCAACAUUUUGGAGAUGGAUUACUUCGGACUUCGUUACGUCGAUAAAGAAAGGGAAAGACAUUGGUUGGACCUAGCGAAAACGGCAAUCAAGCAAGUGAAAGAUAUGCACGAGAUUUUGCUGUGCUUUCGCGUGAAAUUCUACCCGCCUGAUCCUCUGCGUCUAAAGGAGGAGAUCACCAGGUAUCAAGUAUACCAGCAGCUCAAAAGGGACCUGCUUUACGGACGUUUGUGUUGCAGCCCCGGCGAGGCAGCGCUGCUAGUGGCUUGCAUCGUGCAAAGUGAACUGGGAGAUUACGAUCCCGAGAUCCACGAAGGGAACUAUAUCUCCGAGCACAAAUUGCUGAAAACGCAGACACAGACGAUCGAGGAUAAAGCGAUGGACCUACAUCAGACUCAGUUGAAGGGGUUCACUCCGGAACAGGCGGAAAACUACUUCCUUAGGAUAGCCUCGCAAUUAGACACGUACGCGGUUGAUCCACAUCCGGUCAAGGAUCCCGACAAGGGCACGCAGCUUCAUUUAGGCAUUAAUCACUGUGGAAUUCUAACAUUCCAAGACUCACGAAAAAUUCAGCAUUUCCGCUGGUCGGAAGUUCAAAAGAUCAAUUUUGAAGGAAAGAUGUUUAUUGUGCAUGUGACGAUAAAUGAGGACGUGAGGACAAAGAAAAAGCAUCUCGUCGGGUUCAAAUGUCCCACAGCAACGAACUGUCGUCACGUGUGGCGGUGCGCCAUCGAGCAGAUGCUGUUUUUUACCUUGCCGAGAGCGUCGGAUGCGCCGGUGGUAAGUGGCGGCUCUAUCUUCUCGUGGGGAUACAAAUUUAAAUAUACCGGAAGAACGGAGAGGGAAGUUCUGGAGGAGGCAGGACCACUUCGAAAGGAGGAACCGCCGAUACAACGCUGCCAGACGACGUGUUUAAGAAGAAAGGCCAGCAGUGUACCGGCGACCCCCAGCACACCGAGUCAGGAUCUCGUCGAAAUACGAUAUUCCAGCUUACCACGUAGCUGUCACAGUGCGGGCCUGGAUGGCACCGGGAUGCUGGAGGGCGGUGCGGGGGUUCCUCUCAGCUCGCCCUACUGCCCAGACAAUACCUUGCCUCUUCUGGAGACUGUAUCCGAGGACCAAGAGAUUCACGCCAGGAGAAACAACGCCGUAGACGAAAAUGAUACGCAUGCGAGUGCCACCCACACGUCUACUACUACCAUCACCACCACCACUACCACCAUCACCACUUCCAACACCAUCACCACAAACCGUGCGAAAGCCAAACUGAAAUUUCCCAAGAGCACGCUGAACCGACCGCAACCGUUGUACAGUCAGAAAAUAGUGAUAGGCUCGGAGGAGCUGGCGGGCCACGACGUCGAGCACGUCGUGCGGCAGCGUAUUAACGCCCUGAUUAACGAGCGAUGCCCGAUGGUAGUGCGAUCGACCGCCCUGAUAAUCAAGAGCUCGAAGGCGCCGGCGAGCGCAAACGGACGGAUCCCUGUCAGAAGCGUGCGUUCCGCGCACGACGAUAAAACACGGGUAGAGGUAAGCAAGAUCGACGGCAAGCUAGGCCGCGAAGCGACAACGAAGACCGCCAACGGUUGCGCGAAUCUGGCCGCGAGGCCAGGACUGUCGAAUGGAUUCGAUCAUUCGGGACAACGGGAGGCAGCAGUCGGUCAGCACGAGGGCGAGGCGAACGAUUACUACUUCAGAGACUCCUUCGACCAUUCCUCGUCGGAAAGCCAGUUGUUGGACGCGUCCGGUAAGCCGCAUAGCCGUUCGGUCACACCGGUACCGAAGAUGCAAAAACUGCAAAAUUCCAAGCUCUGCCUUCAACAGCAGCAGCAUCAUCAGCAGCAACAUCAGGGCGUCCGACGCAUGGCUAGUAGCAAGAUCAAACAUAGGAGUUUGCAUGUGAUCAGGAUCUUUAUACCGGCGUUUAUGCUGACGAUCACGGUGCUGUUCAUUGUGACAGUACUGGUGUUCGAGACGGACACAACGCUGUUCAACAGCUUGCGUAAGACGCCAGAAAUGGUGGCCUUAAGGAGCCAAUAUUAUGUUCCAAUCAAGGAGUUCCUGCGGACCAAGCUCGGCCUAUUCUGAUGUGACAAGAUGACCGGACCAAAGUCGUCCUACGUCAUCGUGUAGCUUGCUCUCCCUUCAGUGCCAAGUUGCUAGGAUGGACUUGUGAUUGAGAGUAUUUACGGUCCACAAGUCACGGAGAAAAGAACAUGCACCUCCUUUCCCUAUUAUUCCCUUCUUCGUUCUUAUCUUCCUUCCCUCGUUGCGCGCUAUCGCAACUUGGUUGCACGAACGUAAGUGCUUCAGACCGAAUAGAUCAAGUGCUACCGGAAGCAGAAGAGAGACGAGAAAUAUCGCGUUGAAGGGAUCAGCCGAGGUUCGAAUCUCACGUGAAGAAUGCAUUCCGAAUUCUAAUUCAGUCGAUAGGAAAUCGGAAUUCUGUAUAAAAAAACAAACUGUACAAAGAUUAUAUUUAAUCGAGAUGUA